AUGGCUCAAAACAAUAUCACAGUUCAAAUUCAUUAUAAUGGAAGUAUUUUUCCAGAUGUUAAUGUUGGAGUCAUAUUUCAAAACACAAACGUACAGCAACUCAAAAUACACCCCAGAUCCAAUUACACGCGUCUAAAAGAAAGACUCGAAAACAAGCUCCAACAACAGAUAACUGAUAUUUAUUAUCGAUAUCCAUGUUUUAAUGACGGCGUUAACAGUGUGACUUAUACAACGACGAAAAUAGAAGACGACAAUGACGUCGGGUUAAUGUUCCAGUGUCAUUCGAUGUAUAAUUUGUCAGAUGUGAUUGAGUUAUACGUAUGCUUAGUAGACAAUGAUGACAGUGAUCAAGUAACGUAUCCGACGCAAACUUCUCAAUCUCAUCAAUAUCAAAUGAGUCAAGAGACUAUACUGUCGUUGACACCAGUUCCAGAUGAGGAUGUCGGGGAUGAUAGUGACUAUGAAGAAGCGCGGUACGUAGAUACACAUAAUCUUUUCAGUGGAGAAAGUGACAACUUUGACAACGAUAUCCCCGUGGUGCAUCAAGAUCAAGUGCAGGAUCUGUACAAUCCACCACUACACAUGAGAAAUCCCACAUACUCACUUGACGAAGAUGCAUCAAUUUUUGAAACCACGGAGCCACUUCAGAUAGAGGGGGGUUUGCUUGGCAUGGAAUUUAAUAGCAAAGAGGGAUGUGUAUUCGCCAUUCGCCAAUUUCACAUCAGAAACUGUCUUGAUUAUUCCGUUUAUAAGUCUGAUUCUAAACGACUUAUAAUCAAGUGUGUUAACGAAGAAUGCGCCUUCAAAUGCAGAGCAUAUAUGGGGAAGGGGAGUGGUAAGUGGGUGAUCACUAAGGUUAGCGGUCCGCACACAUGCAUGUCUUCCAUAAUGUCUCAAGAUCAUAGAAAACUUGACUCUAAUCUAAUAUGUAACAGUAUCAAGUCUCUAAUCAACAGUGAUGCCUCACUGAAAGUGAAACACAUCAUCGCUCAUAUUCGGGAGACAUUCAACUACACAAUCUCUUACAAAAAGGCAUGGAUUUCAAAGAAUAAGGCUAUCACUGCUAUUUAUGGAAACUGGGAGACUUCAUACAACGACCUGCCGCAAUGGUUGUUGGUCAUGAAAAUAUUUCUACCAGGUACUAUAAUAGAACUCGAGACCCUUCCUAUAUUUUCAAAUGAAGGGACUCAAAUCAGUGGUGCUAGAGUUUUUCACCGCCUUUUUUGGGCUUUCCAACCAUGCAUCAAGGGUUUUGCAUUCUGCAAACCGGUGGUUCAGGUAGAUGGCACAUGGUUAUAUGGAAAGUACAGGGGAACUUUGUUAAUGGCUGUGGCACAAGACGGAAAUAGGAACAUAUUUCCAAUAGCUUUUGCAUUGGUAGAGGGUGAAACUGGAGAAACGUGGAGUUUUUUCUUGAGAAAUCUUAGAAUGCAUGUCACACCACAACCCAACCUAUUUUUGAUAUCAGAUCGACAUGAGUCAUUAAAGAGUGCCUAUAAUAACCCGGAUAAUGGCUGGCAACACCCUCCCUCCUCACACGUCUAUUGCAUCAGACAUAUAGCUCAAAAUUUCAUGAGGGAAUUCAGAGACAAGGAACUUCGGAAAAAAAUUGUUAACAUGGGGUAUGCAUUAAAUGAGGCAACAUAUGAAUACUACAGGGGAGAGAUACGUAAGGUUAACAUAGAAGCGUUAGAAUGGGUAGACAAUAUUCCAAGAGAAAAUGGACGAGAUCAUUCGAUGGAGGGAAACGUUGGGGCCAUAUGA